AUGAGAUUAUUAACGCACAACGCGCUUCGAAAUAAUGCAGCGGCGGCCAAAGGAAAAGGUUUUCCGUUGAGAAUAACUGCAACCGAGGUAGAAGUAAAGGACAGCUGUCCUUUCGAUGAACAUCGUUUAGUCUUUGUUGAGGGGCUACUUUCGACCCUUGAUUGGUCGGCUCUAAUUGAGGCUGCGUCUCAACUGGGAAUUCCAACGCUACCACCAGUCUUGACUGAAGAUUUGGCCGAAGACCCAGAGUUUUUAGAGGCAUUGCAUCACGUCUUGAUGAACGUUCAUUUGAUCCAAGGAAUUUUAACGUGCCCGGCGACAGGUCGAGAAUUUCCGGUACGGGACGGCAUUCCCAAUAUGGUUUUAGAAGAGGAAGACUGCGAACACGUGCGAUAUUAG